AGAAAACCCUAACCUAGUCAAUUUUAAUCAAGAUUUCCUAAAGGCAACAAUGGUGGGGUGGAGGAUUCGAGCAGACAUGGCGGAAAUAGACGUUGGACGAGUUUACAGUGGUAAUCCAUCAAUCUUCUCGAUUAAACUGUUUUAUAAUGGAGUUUUUACAAAGUUUCCUGGAAGGAGAUACAUAAAGGGAAAAGUAAAGUAUGUUGAUUUAGUGGACAUUGACGAGUUCUCUAUUCAUGAUAUUGAUGAAAUGAUGGACAUCCUUAGUUGCGUAGAGGAAGGUAAGUUAUUGUAUUAUCACUUCAAAAGACCAUUAUCAGAUUUGGACACUGGUUUGUUUGCUUUGGCUUGUGAUAGUGAUAUUAACCACUUGAGGACAUAUGUGGAGAAACAUAAACUUAUUGAAGUUUAUAUAGAGCAUGAAGACUUUGAUCAAGACUUUACUUCUUUUGUACAAGAUGAGGUCAAUCAAAGUGAGGACAUAGGAGUGCAUGGUGAUGAUUUGACUGACAGUGAAGAUAGUGACUUCCUAUUAGACGAGGAUAACAUGAUUGAGGAGCCUGACAUAGUUAUGAAAGAAUUUUUCUCGAACAUUGACCAAAAUGCAGAAUGGAUGGGUGACAAUGGAGGGUCAAGUAUGAAUGUAGAAGAUGGUAAGGAAGAUGAACAAAUCGAGCAACAUGCUGUCGAGACUAGAAGAGAGAUUGUCAUAAUUAAAAAUGACAAAAAUAGGGUAAGGGCCGUUUGUAAAGGUAGCAUACCAGACCUUAUUGAAGUAGGUGUUGGUGGGCCUGUUGAAGAAAGGAAGUGCCUGUGGGUCCUAUAUGCAAGCAAGUGGAGUAACAAUGCAGAUUGGGAGGUGGAAAGUAACCCCACAAUUCCUACAAGAGCUCUACAAGAACAACUCCAACGCCAAUACCAAUGUGACAUUUCAAAGAUGAAGGUAUUUCGGGAAAAAACCGAGGCAAAUAUUCAUGUGAGAGACACCACCGUGAAAAUCAAAGUUGAAACUGAACCCAAUCCCCACUGUGAAUCAAGAAUAUUCAAGCGGAUAUACAUAUGCUUAGGGUCAUUGAAGAAUGGUUUUGCAGCUGGAAAACGAGAUUAUCUUGGUUUGGAUGGGUCUUUUAUGAAGGGUCCUUAUCCAGGAAUAGUCCUCACUGUAGUGGGUCUUGAUGGACCAUGGAUGGACCAGUGUGUUGUUGACAUGGUUCAACACACAUGUUCUUGUAGGAAACGGGAACUCACUGGCAUCCCAUGUAAGCAUGCAAUAGUUGCAAUAUGGGAUAUGAGAAAAAACAACAAAGAUGUAGGGUUGCCUGAAUCAUGGGUUCAUCCCACUUACUGGCUAAAAACAUGGAAGGAAAUACCAAAAAAGAAACGAAAGAAGUCUGAUGUGGAAGAUUUGGUGAAGGGGAAUAGUGCUUCAAGGAAAAAUAAAUUUGUGACAUGUUCGAAAUGCAAAAAUAAUGGUCAUAAUGCUAGAAGUUACAAAGGUCAGAAAGAAAAUGGUGUUGGGAAGGAAGAUGGUGUAGGGAAGAAAGCAGAUGGUGAUGGGAAGAAAACAAAUGGUGAUGGGAAGAAGAAAGCAGUUGGUGCUGGGAAGAAACCAAAUGGUGCUGGAAAGAAAGGAAAGAAUGGUGCUGGGAAGAAGAAAGUAGUUGGUGUUGGGAAGAAACCAAAUAGUGCUGGAAAGAAAGGAAAGAAUGUUGUUUGA